AUGCUCCUCCUCCGGUUUUUCCUUGGUGGUCGGGCAGUGCAGAGCGGCACAGACGACAGGCUUGGGGAGAGAGAAUUCUCAGGGGGACUGUUUCAAAAAGAACCGAAAAGCCUGAACCGGGGGUUGAUACCUCUGCUAAUUAUAUUGGGAAAUGUCACUUUCUCUAUAACACAGGACAUAACUCAGACGUCCAACAGCCUGGAAGAAGGGGCCGAUGUGACAACCUUCUGGUGGGGGGAGUGGACCAAGUGGACUGCGUGUACCCGCACCUGCGGCGGAGGUGUGAAGUCUCAGGAGAGGCACUGCCUGAGACAGAGGAGAAAACUGCUAAGUGGCCUUGGUAGUAAAAACUGUACAGGAACCUCCAAGAGAUUCCACCUUUGUAAAGUGCAGGAAUGUCCAUCCAACAGCCGCAGUUUUCGGGAAGAGCAGUGCACGUCCUUCAAUUCGCACAUGUACAAUGGCAAAACCUACCAGUGGAAACCGCUAUAUCCCGAUGAUUAUGUGCACAUCUCCAGCAAACCUUGUGAUCUGCAGUGCACCACCAGUGAUGGUCAGAGGCAGCUUAUGGUUCAAGCCAGGGAUGGCACAUCCUGCAAAUACAGUGACUACCGAGGGGUUUGCGUGUCUGGAAAAUGUGAGCCAAUAGGAUGUGACGGGGUCUUGUUUUCCACCCACACCCUGGAUAAGUGUGGCGUUUGUCAGGGAGAUGGAAGUAGCUGCGUUCACAUAACGGGAAACUACAGGAAAGGAACCUCCCAUCUUGGCUAUGCCCUGGUCACCCACAUCCCAGUUGGUGCGAGAGACAUUCAGAUAGUGGAGAGGAAGAAAUCUGCAGAUGUCCUGGCUGUUGCAGAUGAUUCCGGAUCUUACUACUUCAACGGAAACCUCAAAGUUGACAGCCCAAAAAACUUUAACAUUGCCGGGACUGUAUUUAAAUACAGAAGGCCCAUGGAUGUGUAUGAGACGGGAAUAGAAUACAUCGUGGCUCAAGGACCAACUAACCGGGGCCUGAACAUCAUGGUCUGGAACCAAAAUGGCAAGAACCCCUCCAUCACUUUCCAGUACACUCUUCUACGAAGGCCGCACUCACGGAUCACUCAGCCUGUGCAUUACCCCUUCCCUGAAUCGGAGAGUGAAGAGAGCAAAGAGCUAGAAGAGGAUCUGACAUCUGGAAACACUAGCUAUGUCGCUAACCUCCAAAAAGGGCGAUCGAAAGGAGAGGCGCCUGGUUUAGGGAGGCAGACCUCCACAGAGAGGCUCAAUUCUGCCGGUGGACAACAGACAAACGAAGUGUAUGAAGGAGGGGAGACAAUGGACUGUGACAGAAGGACAAAAUGCAAAGCCAUUAAAGAUAUAAACACAAAUCAGACAACUUAUAUGACGGAUGACGGCGAUCAAGAUGCCACCCCCCGAUUUACCUCAAAGGAGUUCCUGCCUGAAAAUGCCAUUAUGAAGAAGUUCUCCGCCAAGAGCUCCGACUCUAGAGAGCCAUUUAUUAGCUUGAACAGAAGUGUAAUUUUAUCUCAGGGGGAACCACUAAAUUCCGUGGAACCCAACCUGGACAAUCUGUAUGUUGAUUAUGACGACAAUGAUGAGAUGGCACCGUUUGACCUAAAUGUCACCUUCUUGGAGCUCAGCAUUGACCGUGCCAUCAACACAUCUGCUGAAACCCAGCUAAGCAACAUAACCAUCACUGCAACCAACAGGACUCAAAAAGGGAGAAAAGGCCCAAAAUUGCAGAGGAAGGUGCAGGGGAUCAGCGCGGUGGACAUGUACCGCUGGAAGUUGUCUUCACAUGAGCCGUGCAGUGCCACCUGCACUACAGGAGUGAUGUCAAUCUAUGCCAUGUGCGUGCGAUACGACGGGGUGGACGUAGACGACACUUACUGUAACGCUCUGACCCGCCCUGAGCCAGUCCACGAAUUCUGCUCAGGAAGGGAGUGCCAGCCAAGGUGGGAGACGAGCAGUUGGAGCGAGUGUUCGCGGACCUGUGGAGAAGGGUACCAAUUCCGCAUUGUGCGGUGCUGGAAGAUGAUCUCACCUGGAUUUGACAGCUCUGUGUACAGCGUCCUUUGUGAUUCUGCAGACAUCACCAAGCCGGACGAGAGGAAAGUGUGCAGGAAUCCAGCCUGUGGACCACAGUGGGAGAUGUCUGAGUGGUCAGAGUGUACAGCCAAAUGCGGAGAGCAGACUAUUGUCACAAGGGAUGUGCGCUGUUCAGAAGAUGAGAAGCUGUGCGAUCCCAACACCAAGCCACCAUCUGAGGAGGAAUGUACUGGACCACCAUGUGAUCGGCAGUGGACUGUGUCAGACUGGGGGCCUUGCAGCGGAGCCUGCAGCCAGGGCAAGAUGAUCCGACAUGUCUACUGCAAAACCAGCGAUGGGCGAGUGGUUCCGGAGUCUCAGUGCAGUCUUGAGACCAAGCCCCUGGCUAUCCAUCCCUGUGGAGACAAGAACUGUCCUCCACAAUGGCUGAGCCAAGACUGGGAGCGGUGUAACACGACCUGCGGCAGGGGGUCCAAGCAGCGAGUCGUCCAGUGCCUGGAGGUGGCCAAUGGCAAAGUGAAAACCCGCAACCCAUCAGACUGUGACACUGCCAAAAAACCAGCAGAUGAAAGCACCUGCUUCGAGAGGCCAUGUUUCAAGUGGUACACCACCCCUUGGUCUGAGUGCAGCAAAACAUGCGGAGUUGGAGUCCGGAUGCGUGAUGUGAAGUGCUUCCAAGGAAGAGACAUCGUUCGUGGCUGCGAUCUGCUGGUAAAACCAGUCGGGAAGCAGACGUGCGACUUGCAGCCUUGCCCAACAGACCCUCCAGAUGACAGCUGCCAGGAUCAGGCUGGCACCAACUGUAGCCUAGCCAUCAAAGUAAACCUGUGCAGUCACUGGUACUAUAGCAAAGCUUGCUGCAGGUCUUGCCGUUCUGCACACUCCUAGGGAGCGGAUGCGCAUACAUGAAUCCCACACUCUGCAGUGAAAAAGACAAUUAUCAACCAAUGGAUAAAAUAACUUCAGAGCGUACUCAACUGUAUGCUGCGAACCUU